UUAUUUCCUGUUUCGUGCCAUGUCAUGUCUUGUUGAUGAGUUCCCCCAGGUGUUUCUGAUUUGCCAUGCCCUGUUGUUCCCGUGUUUAGCUUGUUUGUCUGUGUAUUUAAACCUCUGUGCUUCAGUUUUUGGGUGUCGGUCGUUGUUUAAAUGUUUGCUGUUUCUAAGUUCCUGUUCUGAGUUCCUGUUCUUGUUUUUCCCUGGAUUCCCUGUUUGUUUUGUUAUUAUUAAAAGUGCUUGCAUUUGGAUCCAUUCUCCGCUUCAUUCCUGCCUGCAGCGUAACAUACGAGAUCCUGCUUUGGGCAUUUUUCAAAUGCAUAUUCAAUUGCUUUUUCUCUAAGACGCAUCUAGACAUCCCAUUGUUCACUAUGAUAUUGGAGGGCAGCCCGGAGGGGUUCCUUGAGUCCAGUCCAGUGGAGUAUUCAGACAGUAAUAAGAAAACGUCUCAGGCUAAAUGCUGCUCCCCAAGUCUAAAGAUCUUUAUUGGUGUACUUGCCUUCUGUUAUUUCUCCAAAUCCAUGACGGGGGUUUACACCAAAAGCACCAUCACUCAGAUUGAGAGACGGUUUGAGAUCCCAAGUUCUACUGCUGGUAUCAUCGAUGGCAGUUUUGAAAUAGGUAAUCUGUUGGUUAUCACUGUGGUAAGCUACUUUGGUGCCAAGUUUCACAGGCCCAAGAUCAUUGGAGCAGGGGUCUUGCUGAUGGCUAUAGGGACACUGAUAAUGGCUUUACCUCACUUCAUUAUGGACCGGUACAAGUACGAUACAGCUGCCGCCCACACUAAUGAUGCUGAUAAUUUCACAGUGAGAUCCACAUGCUCACCUGACGCCCAGAAUACUGUUCAACAGCUUGUGGCCGGAUGCCAAAAAGGGGAAGAGGAAAGCUCGCCCACAUGGGUGAUUGUGCUGUUGGGAAACAUUAUUCGUGGAAUCGGGGAAGCCAACCUCGGUCCUUUGGGAAUGUCUUUCAUAGAUGAUUAUGCACACCCAGAAAACUCUGCUUUUUACAUUGGUUGCCUGCACACACUUGGAAUCAUCGGGCCAAUUUUUGGUUACUCGCUUGGAUCUCUGUGUGCUAGACUUUACGUGGACAUUGGCUUGGUUGAUAGAGAGAGUGUGACCAUCACCCCUCUGGACUCCCGCUGGGUUGGGGCCUGGUGGUUGGGUUAUGUGGUUUCUGGGCUGUUGACUCUGCUUGCUGCUUUGCCUCUCUGGUUCCUGCCAAGAGCUUUACCUGAAAACCCCCAAACCUAUGAGCUAGACAACCCCUCCAAACGACAUAAACAUACACCCCGCUUUGCAGAGAUAGCUAAAGAUUUUGGGCCAUCUCUGAAGAGUCUGCUCACCAACAAUAUCUAUCUCCUCUACCUGAUUUCCAAUGUAGUGGCAUUCAAUGCUUUUGUCAUACUCAUAACAUAUACGCCAAAGUAUUUGGAACAGCAGUUUGGACAAAGUGCAUCCAAGACAAACUUUCUCAUAGGAGUGACUACUAUUCCGCCAGCGGCUCUAAGUAUGUUCCUGAGUGGAUGGAUAAUGAAGAGGUUUAAACUGGAUCUGCUGGGAUCUGCAAGAUUGACAUUUUUCACUGGAAUCACUGCAUUGUUUCUCACCAUACCUAACUUUGCUCUUAGCUGUGAGAAUACAGAUGUCGCUGGGGUCACAGUCCCCUAUCAAGGAUCUGUAGAAGUUCAGAACAUAAGCAGUGAUGUAUUCACUUCUUGCAAUGCCGACUGUGGGUGUCCUGACUUCCAAUGGGACCCAGUGUGUGGACAGAAUGGAGUGACCUACAUCUCUCCUUGUCACGCAGGCUGCAGUUCCACUCAUGGCACAGGGCAGAAUAUGAGCUGGGGAAUGAGUGCUGGGAACUCGUCUGCAGUGCUUGGACAGUGUUCACGAGAGAGCAGAUGUACUGUAAUGUUCUACAUCUAUCUGGCACUGGAGUCUCUCGCCUUCUUUGUGUUCUGUCUGGGAACUGUUCCCUCGUUCAUCAUCUCAUUGAGGAUUGUGGAUCCUGAGCUAAAGUCUCUCUCGGUGGGCGUGCUACUAUUGGUUUUAAGAGUUUUGGGUGGUAUUCCUGCUCCUAUUUACUUUGGGGCUCUUAUUGACUCUACCUGUCUGAAAUGGGGUCACAAAAAAUGUGGUGGAAGAGGUGCUUGCAGAAUGUAUGACACUGAGACUUUUAGGUUCCUGUUUCUGGGACUGCUCAACUCUCUGCGGGUGUUAGGAUUUAUCCUGCUAUGGCUGGCCAUCACACAGAUUAACAGGAAAGUACAGAAUGAUAAAAGGAUGUCUAAGGACAUAGAACUGCGGGAGCCUGUGCUGUGUGAUCCAGAAAAGCAGAAGACUCUAAUAUAAUGUUCUCCAAUGUUUUUAAUAAAAAUC